AUGCCUAAGGGGAACGAAAUGACUUUUCGUUGUAAACGUUGUAAAGAGAAGGGCCUUUAUUGUUUUAUGGACACCGCUACGGGGCGUUAUGCCGGUUGUAUUUCUGUGAAAGCUGAUUGUAGCUUAUUCGUGACUGAGAAGGAGUGGGAAAAGGUGGAAGCAGACAAGCUUACGCGUCUUCGUCUGGAGGUUGCUGAGACUGAGGCCCUUGAGCGGUCGUACGCCAAUCGUGACCAUGCUAUCUUGAGUCUAUAGGAUCGUGCGAAAGAGUAGGCUGAGGGGAGCUCAGCCCCUGGCGGCUAAUUCCUUCAAUUCUUCCUUUGAUUACUCCUUCCUUUUUAAGGGGCUUCCCCUCGCUUCUCUAGGUGCUUCUGGUGGUAUUUACGUACUAGUGACUUGCAGUUCGUUAGGUUUCCUUUAGGUUCCUAAGUGUUAUGGCUUUUGGGCCAUUCUUGCUACUUAACUAAGUACUUCUACUAACUACCGAUUUUUCGCAGGUUCUUGAUUUCCUUGACCUCGUACUCGUUGUCUUUGAGCUCUAUGUCCGUUGCUAGCUUAGUAUCUAGAGGUGCUGGUUCUAGGAGUUUCUUAUGAAAGACAGGGUAGAUUCGUAUGCCUUAUAGGAGUUUUAACUUAUAGUUUACUUUUCCUAUU